GCCACGCCAGAGUGACCAGCCCACAGCAGCUGCCUGAAAAAUGAAGCUGAUGACAGUCCUCAUGCUGACUGCCCUCCCCCUGUACUGCUAUGCAGGGUCUGGCUGUGAACUUCUGGAGAAAGUGAUCGAUCUAACACUUGAUCGUAAUGUGAGCGUACCUGAAUAUCUCAGUAUGGUUAAAGAGUUCAUACCAGGUGAAGAAACUAAAAAGGCCGUAAUAUUCUUUAAAGAGGCCUUUCUCCAUCAAAGUGAUGAAACUCUGGAGAAGUUUGAAGAGAUGCAGCAACAAAUAUACAGUAGCUUUUGGUGUGCUCGGUACUAACUUCCACGUGAGCUCAGAGGUUGUCCAGAAACUGACUGUUCAGGAGUAGAAGCCGCAGCCUAGCAUUCCUUCUUUGUCUUUGGGUCUACAGAUGCAAGAUAUUUGUUGAAA